AUGGUGGGGGAACAAAAAAUUGAUGCAUUUUUCAAACGAAAAGUUAUUCAAGAUCAACAAUUUGGAGAAAAGGAUCAAACAUCUAUUCCAAAUUUUGAAGAUUCAGUUCCCACACAUCCAAGAAAUGUUCAAAGAAUUGAAAGGGAAAUGAUUGAUAUUGCCUCUUUGGAGCAUGAUCCUGGAAAACGUCCCCCGAUUUGGGAAUACCCAAUUAAUCAACAAGAUGAAAUUCAUCGAGCUUAUAUUAAGGCCGGACUAUCCAAGAAGGAGGAAUCGAAGGUGAGUUUUCUUUGGUUUUUCCUUUGGGUUACAGUCCUUAGACACAUCCUUAGAACCCUUGUGCUGAUUGUAGAAGGAAGCAAAGGAAGAGGAGAGAAUUUGAUCCAAGUUUCGGAAAUUGUUGAGGACUAUAGGAAAGGGCAGAAGAAAUCACCAGGAACCGGCCACAGAAAGAGGUUGCAAGUGUUGUGUUUAGAAAAUGCUCAUUCAAAUGCGUCAUAUACAUCGCCCGAUAUUAAAAAGGAGAUUCUUUAUGCAUUCUCUAACAAGGUUAAGAAAGAGAUUCGCCAAGAAAUUGGAGACUCAAAAUUUUGCAUCAUAGUAGACAAAGCACGUGAUGAGUCCAAAAGAGAACAAAUGGCUCUUGUUUUGAGAUUUGUAGAUAAAGAAGGGUUCAUUCGUGAACGAUUUUUUGGUGUUGUUCAUGUACGUGACACUAUGGCAUUGACUUUGAAAGAAGCUAUUUCUAACAUACGUGGACAGGGGUAUGAUGGAGCUAGUAACAUGAGAGGUGAAUGGAAUGGCUUGCAAGCUUUAAUUUGUAAUGAAUGUCCAUAUGCAUAUUACAUCCAUUGUUUAGUUCAUCGCCUCCAACUUGCUUUAGUUGCGGCUUCUCGAGAAGUAACUCCAGUUCAUCAUUUUUUCUCUAACUUGGUUUUCAUUAUCAAUAUUGCUACGACAUCUUGCAAGCGUAAUGAUGAACUCAAGGAGGCUCAAGUUGUUGAACUUGCUACUAAGAUUGCUAAUGAUGAAAUUGAAUCAGGAAGAGGGCUCAAUCAAAUCGGCACCUUAAAACGAGCUAGAGAUACUCGCUGGGGUUCUCAUUUGGAUUCUAUUUCUAGCUUGCUCAAAAUGUUUAAUUCAACUUAUGUGGUUUUGAGUAAAAUUACAAAUGAAAGAGUUUCAUAUUCUCAACGUGGAGAUGCAGACUUUGCUUGCAAUCAAUUAUUAUCUUUUGAGUUUGUUUUCAUAUUGCAUCUUAUGAAAGAAAUUUUGCAAAUUACUCAUAUGCUUUGUGUAGAAUUACAACGCCAAUCAAAAGAUAUUUUGAAUGCUAUGCAUCUUAUUUCAAGCACAAAAAGGCUAAUUAAGAACUUUCGAGAUUCAGGAUGGGAUGCUUUCUUUAUAAAGGUUAAAUCAUUUUGUGAGCAACAUCAAGUUGAUAUUCCAGAUAUGAAUGCUCAACAUGUUGCAAGGCGUGGAAGAUCUCGAAAUCAACAAGAUAAGAUUAAUGUUAUGCAUUAUUAUCGAGUUGAUAUCUUUAUUACUACACUUGAUUAUCAGUUGCAAGAAUUAAACUAUAGAUUCAAUGAACAUUCAGUAGAGUUGCUUGUUCUUAGCACUGCUUUUGAUCGUAGAGAUGGAUUUAAAUUGUUCAAGAUUAAUGAUAUUUGCAAACUUGCAAAGAAGUUCUAUCCUGAUGAUUUCUCAGAGCAGGAGUUGGUGGUACAUCUAAGAAUUGAGCUUCAACAUUUUGAACUUGACAUUCCAAAUCAUCUUGAAUUGCAAAAUUUAUCUAGAACUACAGAGCGAGCAUUUUCAAUCAUGAAAAUUAUCAAGACAAAGCUCAGAAACAAGAUGGAAGACAAUUUUCUGAGUGAUUUCUUAACAGUUUGUAUUGAAAAAGAAAUUGCUGUAAAAUUUAGUAGUGACUCCAUUAUAGAUGAUUUUGUAUCUAUGAAGAAUCGUCGAGUACAACUUACUUUUUAA